UUUUUUGUCUCAUCUCAGAAGGUAUCAUGGACUAGAAUGAUGCUAAUCCAUUUGCCGCACUAUUUCUCUCCCAAUAAUCCAAAGCUCAAUAUACCAAAUACCUACCAAAGUUGAUCCUCUCUCACCCACACUCAGUGCCCCAUCCUCUUCCCAACACAUCUACUCUGGUGCGUGGUCUUGAACCCAACACCAAGAACCCUUUUCUGUAGCUCUUUACCCUCCAUAGCAGCUGUGUUUCAAUAGGCUCAGCACACCAGGAUUGGGGUUCUUGAAUACUCACUUUCUAUAUUCUCUAAAACAGCAGUCUUUCAAGAAACCAGAAUUGAGUUUUUUGAAUGCACACUUUCUUUGUAAUCCCGGCCGUGUAAAUUCCGAAAGCUUGCUUGUUAGCCACCGAUUAUACCUGUUACUGAUAAUUGCAAAAUGGAUGUUCUGAAUUUUGGGCUCUGUAGUUCUCAGUUAUUCAGUAACUGCAAGAUUGCACCUGCAGGCAAUCAAAAACUCAAGUGUAGAAAAGAUGGAAUUUUCUGUUUUGAUCCCUUAAAGACACAGAAAUUUAGUAAUCACCAGCUUGAAGGCUUGGACUAUGCUUUCUACAGGGCUAAACAAAGAAAAAGAGACCUUUUUAGGUUAAAAUCAGUGGUGGAUGUAGAUAAAGUAACGGAGAGUGAUAAUAGUUUUAUAGGAGGCGACAGUAAUACUAAUCACUAUGAUGCCAUUGUCAUUGGUUCCGGGAUGGGAGGGCUGGUGGCAGCGACACAGCUGGCAGUUAAGGGAGCCAAAGUUUUAGUUCUGGAGAAGUAUGUGAUUCCUGGAGGGAGUUCAGGGUUUUUCGAGAGGGACGGAUUCAAAUUUGAUGUUGGUUCAUCUGUUAUGUUCGGUUCCAGCGAUAAGGGAAAUCUAAAUUUGAUUACUCAAGCGUUGGCAGCAGUUGGAUGUAGGAUGCAAGUUAUACCUGAUCCAACAACGGUUCACUACCAUCUACCAAAUGGCCUCUCGGUCCUAGUCCACAGAGAAUAUAGUGAUUUUGUUGAUGAACUUGUCAGCAAAUUUCCCCAUGAAAAACAAGGGAUUCUUGGAUUCUAUGGAGUGUGCUGGAAGAUCUUCAAUGCCUUGAACUCGCUGGAACUGAAAUCCCUGGAGGAGCCAAUCUACCUUUUUGGACAGUUUUUUAAGAAGCCCCUGGAAUGCUUGACCCUUGCCUACUAUUUGCCGCAGAAUGUGGGUGACAUAGCUCGAAAUUAUAUAAAGGAUCCUCAGUUGCUAUCCUUCAUUGACGCAGAGUGUUUCAUUGUGAGUACAGUGAAUUCCAUGCAGACACCAAUGAUCAAUGCAGGCAUGGUUUUGUGUGACAGACAUUUCGGGGGAAUCAACUACCCUGUAGGUGGAGUUGGAGAAAUUGCAAAGGCAUUAGCAAAGGGGUUGGUUAAUCAGGGGAGUGAGAUACUUUAUAAAGCAAAUGUAACAAAUAUUAUCCUUCAAAAUGGAAAAGCUGUGGGGGUGAAGCUGUCA